GAAUAAUUAUAAUAACAAUAAAUGUUGUAUGUAUAUCAGCUUUCAAUCUGUCAAAUUGACAGAUAAAGAAUGUACCAAUCUUCUUAUCUAUAUUAAAGUACAAACGUCUAUUUUAAUAUAUUUAAAUAUUCAUCAUUUAUAAACAUUAAACAUUCGCAUUUUUAUUAAAUAUCUUCCAUUAUGAAUGCAUAUAACAAAAACACACACGGACCAAGUAUAUCGGGAAACGCAUUCGAUCGUUGGGUACAGAGGACCAAUAUGCAUGACGAUUCCACUAUUACAAAAAUGCAACAUCAAUUUUGGGUUACAAAACAAGCUUUAUCACGGAAAUUAGGAAAAAAGGAAGAUGAAUGUAUAGUAGCAUCAGAUGCAGAAUUAGAUGCCAAGUUAGAAUUGUUUCGUAGUAUUCAAGAAUCUUGUUCUUAUUUGCAAAGAAUUAUUGAUAAAUAUCAAGAAAGAUUAUGCAAUCUUGCACAAGAAGAAAAUGCAAUGGGACGAUUUCUUAAGGAUGCUGGUAAACAAGAUAAAACUAGAGCUGGCAAGAUGAUGACAGCAGUUGGGAAAUCAUUGUCAUAUUCUGGUCAACAAAGACUUGCAUUAAGAGCUCCAUUGGGACGAUUAUAUCAAGAAGUAGAAACAUUUAGACAAAGAGCUAUUGAAGAUACAUUGCAAAAGGUUCAAGCAAUGGAAAAAGCUCGUACUGAAUAUAGAGCAGCUCUAUCAUGGAUGAAAAAUGUUUCUCAGGAAUUAGAUCCUGAUACAUCAAAACAGUUAGAAAGAUUCCGUAAAGUUCAAACAUGUGUUAGACAAGGUAAAAUAGCCUUUGAUAAUCUGGCUUUAGAUUGUCUUCAAAAAGUUGAUUUAUUGGCUGCAGCAAGAUGUAAUAUGUUUAGCCAUGCUUUAGUUUUAUAUCAAAGUACACUUUUAAAUUUUACUGAAAAAUCUGCACAAGCAUAUUCCACAAUAGCAAAUAGUUUUAAAGGCUAUCAACGAUACGAUUUUAUGGUUGUAAAAGAACUUACUGAACCUUCAACUAAAUUAGCUCAAGAAACUGGAGGUGAUGAUGAUUCUGAUGAAAAAGACAAAUUAUCAUUUUUUGACAUGGAUUAUCAUGAUAAUAUUGAAGAAGCUGAAGAAGUAAAACCAAUCAAACAGAACAUAGUUGAAAACGAUAAACAAGAUGAAAAAUUAUUGGAUAUUGAGUAUGAAACAAAAGAUAUGUUGGGAUUGGAAGAAUUAAAUUUAAAUUCUAGUUCUUCAAAUAAUAGAAUUAUGCAAUCAAUUUCUGAGGUAGAACAGAAAGAAAAUCUCGAACAACUUUUUAAAAAUUUAAUCUUAGAUAAUAGUGUAUCUCAUACUGACACACAAGAAGGAACUCAAUCUGAGUUUGAUAAAAAAUUUGGUGAACAAAAUCUAACAAUGGAUAUAUUUGAUAAAUCUGAUACAAAUUUUAAUUUAGCUGAUUUCUCUUCCUUAGAAGAACAAAAUUCAGGAGAAUCUUUACAAUCCCUUACCUCGGAAAAUAUGGUACUUUUAAAUGAUAUUCUUAUUGAUAAACAAAAUACUGAUAGCGAAUGGGAAGCGAUAUCGAAUGAUACAUUUUUACCACCAAAUAUAUUAAAACAAAGUUUAGGUGAUGCAGCUCUGGGUAUUGGACAAAAAAAUAUGCUUACUACUACUACUAAUAUGGAUGAUAAAAAAAAGAAUAAGACUGGCAAACUAAAGGGUAAUUCUUGGUUGGAUUUAUUUGCUGAAUUGGAUCCUUUGGCUAACAAUCCAAUGGAAAAUCUUUCUAGUGAUAGUAAUGCAUCUGCUUAAUAUUUUAAAUUUAUUAAGCUUAAAAUUAUAUUCAUAUAUAAUAUAAUCAGUUGUAAUUUACGAUAACAAUCAGAAAACACAUAUUUAUUUUCUUCAAAUAGAAUAAUGCUGUAAGCAUUAUUUAAUUUUUACAUAUACACUAAUAUUGAAUAUUUGCUGUUUGAAUUUUAACAUUCCAGAUUUGUUAGAUCUAAUGAAAAUAACAAGAUGAUGAUAAGAAUCAAAAAAUAAUUUAAAUUUCAUAUUUUAAGUUCCAUACCAAAGAUGUAAGAUUAAUAAUAGUUUGUAAAAUUUAAUCAUAUAUUUUUUUUCAUAUAUAUUAAAAAUAUUUCUUUUUAUGAUAAUAAAUAAUUAUCAACUUUUCUAUUCACAUUUAUAACAAAAUAUGUUCAGUACAUUUAAUGUUGUGACAUCACAUGAGUAAUUUAAUAUAAUGUUUCACAAUAUGAAACAUCAUAAAUAAUUUUUUUGACAUUAUCACUAUAUUGAACAAUUGAUGUUUAAGAAAUGUAUAAUGCAAUUAUUACAUCAUUUUUUUUUAAUAUACUGAAAUAUUGCAAAUUGCUUUUUUUUUUAAAUAAAAUAAAUACAAUAUAAACAGAUUACAUUGUCACAUUGUUGUUGAUAUUGUUUUUGUAUCUUUUUUAUAUAAAUAUAAAAUGCUUACGCAUUAAUAAAAUACAAAAAUCACAUUGUUAACACCAAAAUAUAAUUAUAUUUCAUGUAUAAAAGAAUUCUGAAUUAAAACCUAAUUUUUAUCAAUGAUGUGUUUGAAAUUUAGGCAUCGUAAAAUUGUGCCAUAGCAGUUCUAACUCUGAAACAAAACAUUAAAAAUUAUAAAUAUUCGAGAAAAAUAUUUUUAUAUUAAUUAUAUUAAUAUUAAUAUAUUAUAUAAAAUUUGCAAAAAUAUUUAGCAAUUUUUAAAAUUUUUUAAAGUACAAAUACAAAAAAAAAAUAUUUUUUAAUUUUAAAAAUUUGUUACUCAUACUUAUCAAAUAAUUGAAGAUCCUUGCUAUGACGUAAUUGUUGUAGAAUACGAUAAAAACCAAGCUCUUUUAAACGUGCUUGUCGUUGUGCAGCACCAGGUUCUUCUCUCCAGACUAAGUUGCAUACACAAAAAACUGCAGCAACUUGUAGCUUUACAUUACUAUGCAUCUAAAUUAAUAUACAUAAAUAUUAUAAAUUUCUAGUAAGUACCAACAUGCUAUUGAAAUAUAAUUAAUAAAUUGUAUUAUUAAUUAAUUAAUAUAUAAAAAUCAUAAAAUAUCAAA